GAUCCGAAUCACUUAUUCAUCCCUCUAACGAUCAAUGUCAACCAUGGAGCCCAGCAGCGCUGCUGAGCUCAGACGAUGGCUCACUACCUAUGGCGGUUUUAUUCACCCAUCAGUCUCUUUGUCCCAAGACAAAUUCGGACUCUCUGCUAUCGCGCAAGACACCAUCGAUGCCGACACUACGAUCGUAUCUUGUCCAUUUUCACUGGCCAUCGACGUGGAGUGUUCCCUGCAUGCCCUGACAGCGCUAUUUGGCGAAUCGACUCUCGUUGACCUGCAGUCGUGGUCGGAAAGGCAGCUUAUUUGCACUUACUUAUGUUUACACUGGAUCUUCCCCGAUUCAAGUCAAAUUCCCAAUGUCCUUCGACAUCUUCCCUACUUAAAAAGCCUUCCACCUCCGGACGCACUGCUAACGCCCCUUCAAUUCACGCCAUCUGAACUCGAGGCUUUCCGAGGAACCAACAUCUACGGCGCUACCCGCGAUCGUCGGGAAAACUGGAAUGUUGAGUGGAACACAUGUCGAACCUUUAUCCACGCCGUUAAUUCAGAUUGGGCUGAAAGAUACACUUGGGACAAAUAUCUAAAAGCAUCGACGUAUCUUUCAACCCGCGCAUUUCCGUCCACGCUUCUAUCUCGAUCUCCUACGCUGCAGACCACCUCCUCGAGUUAUCCGUUCAUGCUUCCUGGCGUGGAUAUCCUCAACCAUUCUCGUGGACAGCCUGUUUCUUGGUGCACGUCGUAUCCAGAAGGAAGUACGAAAGAAAGGGAUGAGUCGGCCACUAUUUCCAUCAUUUCGCAUACCACGACGCCUCUUGGCGAAGAAGUCUUCAACAACUAUGGGCUCAAAGCGAACGACGAGCUGAUCCUCGGAUAUGGUUUUUCGCUGCCACAAAAUCCGGAUGAUAAAAUUACGUUACAGCUAGGUGGGUCUUCUAACAAGUGGGCGAUCGGUCGUCUUGCAAGCGGUGCGGAAGGACUCUGGAACGAAGUGAGGCGCUUGGUGGCUGAAACCCCGGAUGAGAUAGGGUAUGAGGACGAUUUGGAAGCAGCACAGCUGUUGUUGGAAAUGGUUCAGAAGAAGUGCGAUUUACUUCCCGAUCCCCCGGACGAGAACGAUGCUGCCAUACGCCCGGCGGUAAGAUUGAUGCUCAAACAUUACCUAGAAGGGCAACGUGACAUUCUUACUUCAUUGAAAAUGCACUUUGAGGAGAGACAAGAGGCCGCGAUAACGGCCGCAAGGGAUGAAGGCAUUGAAUUAGUGUUCGAUGAGGAAUGAAUAUGGAGAAUUUGAAAGAGGGUUCAUUGGGGGCGCACACCCUAGGUGCCUACGACAUGUGUAGCGAUAUGG